AUGGAUUUAAGAAACCUAUCUUCAACUCCGAAUCAGUUAGACUCUGUCAUGCAGCGUCGUCCUUCCUUAUCUUCCCUUUCUUCAACGUCAGGGUACGCUUCUUCCACUUACGGAGGAGCUGGUAAUGGAAAUCAACCUACUAAUCCAACUCCUCAAUUAUCUAAUCAAAGAUUAUCGAGUCAAACAAGAAAUUUUAGUAAUGGGAUGUCAAAUCAACCUCCAAAUGAUAAUUCCUGGUUGCAGCCUCAAAGUACUAACCAAUCUCUGAGCUCAAGUCAUCCCUCCAAUAAUGGCUCGAUCGUUAAUCCUCCAAAACAACAAGUUGUAGCCAAUAAUGUUGGUCCUUGGGUUGAACAACAAAAACAACAACAACAGCAAUCUUUGGGUGGUAUUGAUACUAAGCACCAACAACAACAACACCAACACCAACAACAACAACAACAACAACAACCUUCUAAUGCCACUUCUACGAUGAAUGUUAAUUCUAAUAUCAAUCCUAAUGCCAGUAUGAUUAGUACAAAUGCUGAUCUUGAUGACGUUGAUGAUGAUCACGAUGAUGAUGAUGAAUUAAUUCCAACAGCUAUUGUAAUUAAAAAUAUUCCUUUUGCAAUUAAAAAAGAACAAUUAUUAGAUGUUAUGACUAAAUUAAGUUUACCUUUACCUUAUGCUUUUAAUUAUCAUUUUGAUAAUGGGGUUUUCAGAGGGUUAGCUUUUGCUAACUUUACCUCUACUGAUGAAACUUCCUUAGUUGUUAAUCAAUUAAAUGGUCGUGAAAUUGGCGGUAGAAAAUUAAGAGUUGAAUAUAAAAAAAUGUUACCUUUACAAGAACGUGAACGCAUCGAACGAGAAAAAAGAGAAAAAAGAGGUCAAUUAGAAGAACAACAUCGUUCAACUUCAACUGCUUCUUUAGCUUCUUUAUUAUCUGCUGCUUCAACAACGGCAGCAACUAAAAAUUUAAGUAUUAAUGGCCAACAAUCUUCUUCUCAAACUGAACGUUUAUUUAUUUCUUUCCCAUUCACUAACUUAAAUAUUGGUUUACCUCCUUCAGAGUUAAACUUUAAUGACCCAGAAGUUUUGGAAUUAUAUUCCCAAUUAAUUAUUUAUAGAGAUGACGUUUCAAAAUCUGUUUUUGAAUUAGCUUUCCCCCCAAAUUUACAUUUGGCUCACAGAAAAAUUUUAUCUAUUUUAUGCUCUUUUUUAAAUUUAUUAGAAUUAUUCGAUAAUGGUUUAAUCAUUGUUAGAAGAAAACCUGGUCAACAAUCAAUUCAACAACGUCACCAACAAAAUUUGGGGCCUUUACAUUCUAAUUCAAUGAUGAAUUUAAACCAAUUAUCCGCAAUUGUUUCAAAUCAAAAUCAAAAUUUACCAAAUGGUAAUCAAAACUUACCCCAUCCUCCAGAAUUAUUAAGAUCUCAAUCUCAAUCAGCUUUACCUUUACCAAGAUUAAGACAACAAACUUCAACUCCUGUUCAACAACAAUUUCCUCAAUACCAACAACAUCAAUCCCAACAACAACUGCAACAAUCAACUGGUGGUCCAAAUCAACAAUUGGCUACUCUACAUGCUUCAGUUCAACAACCACCAACUGGUAGAUCUUAUCCCCAAUUUGGUCAAUAUCAACAAACUGGAUUACCUCAAUCCGCUCCUGCAAAUCAAUCAUCUCAAUCAACUACUGCUCCUCCUCCUCAAUUAGGUACUCCAACUACAAGUGCAGCUGCUUUAUUAAGAUCUUCAAAUAAUAGAUCAUUUGUUGAUGUAAGAUCUACCCCUCCCUUAGCUAAUUCAUUUUCCCAAACUUCUCAAUCAGUUAAUGAUUCUCCAACUCCUCAACAUCCUCAACAAAAUACUCAACAUCAUCCUUCCUCUCAACAACCUCCAACUCAACAAACUAUUCACCAACAUCCUUUUUUUUCAAAUAAUCAUUCAUCAUCUCAUUUAAGUCAACCUUCAACACCUUUGGGUAAUAACGAUCUUAACUCAAGAUUUGCUCCAUUCGGUCAACAUACUCAUUUAACUGGAAGUUUUACCUCUUUACAUCCUCCUUCUUCAUCUACCACUGAUGAAUUUCCUGGUGGUUUAAAUGACACUAUUUCUAGUAAAUUUACUGGCUUGAAUUUAGGUGGUCAUCCAUUUGAAAAUCCUGUCGGAACUGGAAGCUCUUCAAACUCUGGUAUUUGGGGUCCUAAAUAAUCAAAAACAGAAAGUUU